AUGAUAAAUACAACGAUCACAGCAGCGAUGAAGACCCAAGAAUUCCAAAAACAAGAAAUUGUUCGCGUAACACAGCAACUGUUGGACGCUAUUUCAUGUAAAGACUAUGAGUCCUAUUCAAGGCUCUGUGAUCCAUGUAUGACAUGCUUUGAGCCUGAAGCGCUUGGUAAUCUGAUUGAAGGAAUGGAUUUCCACAAAUUUUACUUUGAUAAUAAUAGUGGAAUACGUGGACCAAAAAUUCACACAACGCUGCUCAAUCCAAAUGUGCAUCUAAUGGGUGAUGAGGGUGCAUGUAUCGCUUAUAUUCGAUUGACGCAGUUCAUUGAUAAGAAUGGUGAUGCACGAUCAAGGCAGGCACAGGAGACCCGCGUGUGGCAUAAACGUAAUGGACGGGGUUGGCUAUGCGUUCAUGUUCAUCGAACGGGUGCACCAUCUUCCGUGAAUACAGCUGACUGUCAUUUCUAA